AAGUCGUUGGAUCUAUUCUGUCAACGUAGAAAGAACUUGUGCUGGUGAGUGGGACUAUCUAGACAUUAGCAUUGCAGUUCCCGAGACCCUAGAUGGUGUACCAUUUGCAUCGUCACAUACAGUAGCGAAAGCAGGAAGAGUGACAAGCAAGGAGCAUGUAAGAAGUAGCUGUGGAAAAGGGAGAGACGAAUGUUCUACAAAUUCUCUGGAGGAUACGCCACAGACGGCCUUCUCACCGUGAGAUGCGAGACUUCAAAGCAUGUACGUAUUAUGGGAUGAGGAGGAAAGGGACUAUUCAUGAUAUGGAACUCGAAGAGCCCCCAUUAAUGUGGCUCACUUUCAGCGUUUCCCUUCUGCAGCGUCUCACUUCUCAAGCUUCAACUACCGGAUUACAAUAUUGAGGGCUUUCUUUUCUUUGUGACAACUAUCCUUGCGCACUUCCAGUGUGUAUCCUCCGUCUUUCCUCAUUUUGUCAGUUCAGAGGAACUUUCUGAAAGGAUAUCAUAGCCUACUUUUUACUUUGGAUGGGGUCCUUUUGUUUGUUACCCAGUGUUUAAGUCGGUCCGCUGCGAAUAAUGCAAAGCAUUGACACCUGCCCAACGAGUGCAGUACAAUAGGCUUUGGAGAGUUCGAGAAAGUUCGACGAAGGAGGGCUGUUCCGUGGGUGCCUCCGACGGACUCUAUCACAGCACGUCCGUUGGCUUGCCGAAGAAUCUUCCGCGCCUUGGGGAAUACUGCAUCAUUCACUUGUCCGUUUUAGACGCGGCCACGGCAUUCUUCAAUCGCUGGUAUAAAUGAUUAGGGUUUGGAAUUAGGUCUGGGCGUGUCCGGCCUUGAGGCCACUCUCGUCAGAGUCGGUUCUUGGAUUCAACAUUCUUGGAAGAGUGAAGCUCAAAUCUGGUGUAUUGGAGCCUAGGAUCGUUGCGGUGUGAAGACGCUGGAAGCUGAGAGUUUAAUUCGGUUUCACUGAGGCAUUUACAGGAGAGGCUGAGUGUUUUGUGUGUGAUUUGUGAGGGGUUGUAACUUAAGGAGGCAGUUUUAGAAGUGCUCCUUGCAAUCUGAUUGUAGGUUUAUCUUUGCAUUCGGAGUUCAACUGCCCCCGCCUUCGCAACCAGAGGGUUUUAUCCUUGUCUGAUCCAAUCUGAUUGAAGGGCCUGAUUUAGGAUUACUUGGCCUUGGUGAGGUUUUGGAGAAUUUACUCUGUGCAUCCAUCUCUGCUUUUGAGUUUUCGGAACUGGAGCAAGGAGCUUUAGAUUCUGUCGUAAGUGUUAGAAAUAUGGCUUCGGUGGAAGAGCAGCCUGUAUUAUCGCAAACGAGUAACGUGCAUGGAGCUAGAAAUUUGGUUCAUGAGCGUAACCGAGGGAUGCGAGGUUCCGUAGUUCCCAGAGGAGGUCGGGGAGGAGGCCCGUCUUCCUUUGGCAGGGGCAGGGGAAGAGGAAGGUCUAGCAGACCGCAUUCAUCCUCAGGUGAUGUUCGUGUGCUUGAUCGACAAUCUCCUGUUGACGAAUCUGGAAGUCACGUUGGUAAUGUAGAGUCUACGGUGCAAUCAAAUGCAACAGAGUUGUCCGUCAGUGAUUCACAUACUCAUCCUCGGAGGGGAUUUGACGGUAGAAGAGGCAGACGAAAUCAAAUUUUUGGGAGAGGAAGAGAUGAUGGACGCAGUGCAAUUGAUCCAAAUUUUGACCGACUUUACUCCAACGAUUUUGGAAGUAGAAUGGAUGGAUUAGAGCUUGAAAUGCCUUUACCUUCUAGACAAAACCAAGGUUAUGCGCAACGGCAGUCCAUUUCUGGCGAUGUCGGCGUUGAGCGACGAGACCAAGGUGGAGGGAGUGAUAUUGGAUCUGAUAGGCGAGGUGAUAGCAGAAGAAAUACUGAGAACAGAUUUGGAAGCCGGUCUAGAGGUCGCGAGAGUGGCAACAGUUGGAGCCGUGUCAAUGAACCUCCCAAUAGAGUCGACUUGAAUGAACAAACUUCUGAGGGAAUGUCCUCUAUGAAAGCGUCAAAACCAGGACAGAACAAAUUCCUAAGAAAUGGGCAAGAGCGAGAAAGAAGGAUUGAUUCAGGGCGUAAAAAAGAUGUUGCGAAGAUUGACACUCCUCAGCUGGUUCAAGAGCUUGAAGUGAAGCUCGCAACUGGGAAAGUCGAAUGCAUGAUUUGCUAUGACAAUGUGGGCAGGAACGCUCCUGUUUGGUCGUGUGCAAGCUGUUACUCCAUCUUCCACAUGCCUUGUAUAAGAAAAUGGGUACGAGCUCCUACGUCAUCCGAUAUCUCAGUUUCUGCUGCUGGGAAUGGUGAAGCGAAUUGGAGAUGCCCAGGCUGCCAGACUGUUCAAAUGUCCAGCGCCAAUGAACUCCAGUACUAUUGUUUCUGCGGACAAGUGAGAGAUCCUGCAUUGGAUUAUUACAUUACUCCUCAUAGUUGCGGAGGGCCUUGCAGGAAACCUUUAGAUAAGUCAAAAAAUGGUUACUGUAAACAUUCCUGUACCCUGCAGUGUCAUCCCGGUCCUUGUCCACCCUGCACAGCUCUUGCACCUCCACAGUCUUGUCCUUGCGGCAAAACUACUACCACUCGACGUUGCUCUGAACAAGGAAAAGAUGCGCGCAGUUGUGGUCAGCAGUGUGGUCGACCACUACCUUGCGGUCGUCACGACUGUCUCCAGAUAUGUCAUGAAGGUGUAUGUGAACCUUGUGGUGUUCUUUUUGAGGCGAAAUGUUUCUGUGGACGACGUGAAGAGGGUUUGCGAUGUUGGCAAAUCGAGCCUCCGGGUAAAAUCAAUCCAGGAGGCGUGUUUUCUUGUGAGAUGCAGUGCCUGAAGAUGCUUUCAUGUGGCAAUCACGUGUGUGGGAACAAUUGUCAUCCAGGAGACUGCGGGGAAUGUGAGCUAUCUCCUUCAGUUGUUCGCACCUGCCCGUGUGGGAAGAAAAACCUGGCAGAUUCACAAGAGCCCGGGAAUGAGCGGCUGUGUUGCACCGAUCCUAUUCCCACAUGUCAGCAGAUUUGCGAAAAAAUUCUCGCUUGCAAGAAGCACCCGUGCAAGAGCCUAUGUCAUAUAGGGCCGUGUCCUGAUUGUGAUGUUCCAGUGGAGCAGAGAUGUCGAUGUGGGACGUCAACUCGAAGAGCUGCCUGCUAUUUGGCAACGGGAGCUGGAUCGAGGAAUCAGAUCAGUGAAUCUGUUGUGGAAGGGGAUGACGGAGGUCUAUUUUUGUGUGACAGGAAAUGUGAUAAGAUGCGAAGUUGCGGACGUCACAGAUGUAAUGGCAGGUGCUGUCCAGCUGCGAAUAAUAAAUCCAUGACCCAAUCCGAUGGCCCGGAAAGUCGUGAUCCGCAUCUCUGCAUGUUGCCUUGUGGCAAAAAGUUGCGAUGCAAGAAUCACUCUUGUCAAGAGCUUUGUCAUCCAGGACACUGUCCACCUUGCAUGGAGACUACAUUUAAUGAAUUGUCUUGUGCGUGCGGGCGAACUUCUAUACCUCCACCGGUUCCUUGUGGGACACCAUUGCCAUCUUGUCAAUUCCCGUGCUCAGUACCUCAGGUUUGCGGCCAUGAAGCAACCCAUCUGUGUCAUUUUGGAGAUUGUCCGCCUUGCACAGUAGCUGUUGCAAAAGAGUGUGUCGGCAAUCAUGUAGUUCUUCGUGGAGUACCCUGUGGCUCGCGAGACAUAAAGUGCAGCAAACUUUGUGGUAAAACGAGGCAGUGUGGGCUGCAUGCUUGUGAACAAACGUGUCACCUUCCUCCUUGCGAUUCCUUGGAAGCCGGAACUUCUAGUCAGCAACAAUCAGGCCUUUCGUGUGGUCAACAGUGUGGAGCUCCUCGUAGACACUGCGCUCACACAUGCGCUGCAUCCUGCCAUCCGAAUUCUCCGUGUCCUGAAAUUGCAUGUAAAUUCAUGGUCACCAUCUCCUGUUCUUGUGGGCGGUUAACAGCUGAAGUAGCAUGUGGUGCUGGCGGAUCGAACUUACGUGGCACAAAUGACAUCACUUCAAUGAUGUUAUCUAGGCUGCCUGUUCCGUUACAGCCAGUUGAAGGUAGGGAUAGAGACAAAAUCCCUUUGGGACAGAGAAAAUUACAAUGUGAUGAUGAGUGUGCGAAACUUGAGAAGCGGCGGUUGCUGGCGGAUGCUUUUGGUGCCAGUGUACCAGGUGAGGCAGUUCCUGGCUUAGAAGGAGGGGUGGUAGGAUCCGACUUACUAGCUGAAAUUAUAAGAAGGGAUCCACAGUGGGCAGCUGCGGUAGAGGACCGUUUUAAGUAUUUAGUACAAGGACCUAAAAGUGGGACGUGGCCAGGAGGCAGCAUUCGGUUACAUGUUUUUAGUGCAAUGCCAAAGGAGCGCAGGGAGGUGAUCUAUCAGAUGGCUGAACGAUGGGGGUUAGGUCAGGUUGGGCAUGGUCGUGAACCUCGGAGAUUUGUUAUUGUCCACGUUACACCCAAGUCCAAGGUGCCGAUGAGAUCAUUAUUACCAAAAACACCGUUUGCAGGUGUCACUGGACCUGUUCGUGCUCCUCCGUUCAACGCUCAGUUGGACAUGGAACCUGGUCUUGUGGUAGGGCUCCUUGACCUUCCGCGUGAAGCCGAUGUAAGCACUCUUGUACUGCGCUUUGGCGGCGAGUGUGAGCUCGUGUGGUUGAACGAUAAGAAUGCUUUGGCCAUAUUUGCGGAUGCUGCUCGAGCUGCUACUGCACUUAGGAGAGUCGAUCAUGCUUCAGAAUACAGGGGAGCAACAACCAUGCCAGCCGAUGCAAGUUCUUCCGCCAGGGGAGGGGCUUGGGGAAUGCAGACCUCUCUUCCGACAGGAUCUAAAGCUGCUGCAUUCAGGAAAGGUAUACAGGAGUCAAAUUGGGUUGAAGAUGCUUGGGACGACCAGAAAGGAGCCAAGCAAGAGACUGGUGCCUGGCAAUCGAAGGUUCGUCCUCUUUCUGCAUCUCAGAAUCCUUGGAGCGCACUUUCAAACAACAAUUCUGUUUUAAGUAAUGGGCUUUCAGAAGGAAGCACAUCAGGCAUUGGAUCAUCUGUGCCUUCAAGGUCGAGUAUUGCCGACAGCUCUGCUGCAUCCGCGAGAAUAGGUAAUCAAGUUGGAGCGUUCAGCCAACAAGGUUCUUUGGCAGGCCCUUCCCUGCUGCCAGCUUUGUUGCCAGAUGGCGAUGAUGAUGAUUGGGAGAAGGCAGUCUGAGGAAAUUGCUUGUCAAGCGAGAAAGUGUACUAUACUUUUGAGUCAUUGAACAUUGGCUAUUUCUGAUUUAUACUGUAAUAGUCAUCCUUGUAAUCAAUAUCCUGCCGGAUUAAGUCCUGGGAUUUAAUGAUCUCCGACUUUUUGAAGUACAUUUCUUGUAAUUCUAUAAAAAGACACUCCCUGGCACUCUGAAUGCUCUAAAUGUUUGAGGUACAUUUGUAAUUCUUCAACAUACUUAACAUGCUCUAUUUUUUCA